GUGUAAUGGGAAGAGUUUUAAAUAAAUGUGUCUGAGCAGAUAACGCGUGAGGGUGAAGGAACAGAAGGGUAUCCACUACGGUCGUAAAUCUGUCCGUGUACUCUUGUGGACCAGUAGUGGUCGUCAUCUGACAUCGAGGGAGGGUCGCUAGAGUCCGGGCUGUAUAUCGUAGACAGGAGUUGAAGGUCAUACAGAACACCAACUUUACACGGAGACGAGAAGAGAGACUAUUAGCUACAAAACGUUGAUCACGCACUGAAAUCAUGACUGAUAGGGAAGUAAACUACUCGUGCUAUUUGAUAUGUAGCGUGUUUUUCUGUGUGUUUGGGAAUUCCUUUCUAUACGGCUACAAUAUCGGCGAUGUCAACAACCCAGCCAAGAUUAUUCAGAUGUUCUACCAUGAUGUCCUGGAUGAGAGAGCAGGAAUCAAAGAAAUGGACGACAACAGCACUGUCGUCACUUACAGUGGAAACGGCACCGCAAACAUGACGAUUCCCAUAAAAAGGUCCGAAAUGAACUACCUUAAUUACGAGGCCCCGGACAACGUAGAAUGGCUCUGGUCCAUCACCGUCGCCAUCUUUGUCUUGUUCGGAAUGAUCGGCGCUUUUGCCUCUGGUGCAUGGGCAGAUUAUUUCGGAAGGAAGAGGGGAAUGAUCCUCAUCACCUUCAUCAUGUUUGUGGCUGCCAUCUUUGGAGGAAUCCCCAAGGUGACCCGGUCCUUCGAGGUCCUCAUUGUCCACCGCGCUCUGGUCGGGCUCCAUUGUGGUCUGAACGUGAGUCUGGCCUCCCUCUACCUGGCUGAGAUCUCACCCAAGAAGAUCCGGGGGGCCAUCGGAACGUGUCACCAGCUGUUCAUCACCGUCGGCAUCCUGUGGUCCAACAUCAUGGGCGUGUCCAAACUCUUUGGCACCAAGGAAUUAUGGGAGUGGGUGUUUAUCUUUAACGCCUUCCCUGCCCUGGUCUGUCUCAUUGGUCUCCCCUUCUGCCCCGAGAGCCCCCGAUACCUCCUCAUCAAGAAGAAUGAAGAGGAAGAAGCCAGGGACGCUCUGAGGAAGUUGAGAGGUUACUUUGACGUUGAGGACGAGAUUGAUGAGAUGAAGGUGGAAGCUCGUAGAUCUCAGAGCGUCGAGUCCUUCACCCUGAAGCAACUGCUGACCACCGUCGACCUCCGCUGGCCCGUCAUCAUCGCCUGUGUCCUCCAGAUCUCCCAGCAGUGGUCCGGCAUCAACGCCGUGAUGUCCUUCUCCAGCUUCAUGUACAAGAACGCCGGGGUGGAGCUGACGGUGGUGGAGUGGGUGGUGUGUCUGACCAGUCUCAUCAACGUGGUCACCACCUUGAUCGCGGUGCCUCUGAUGGAGAAGGCUGGGCGACGCCCACUCCUGCUCUACCCCAUGGUCUGUAUGGUGGUCUCCUUCAUCGCUCUCACAAUCUUCCACAACCUGCAGUACGAGGAAAGUCUACAGGAUUCCCGAGGAAUUUUUGCGGUGAUUGCCAUCAUUGCUAUGCACACAUACGUCGUUGGAUUCGCCCUUGGACUCGGCCCCAUCCCAUUUAUUGUUGUGGGCGAGAUCUUCCGACAAGAACCCCGUGCUGCAGCCAUGAGUCUCUCUCUGACCUUCAACUGGGUCUGCAACUUCAUUCUGAACUUAAUCUUCAGGUUUAUGCAGAAAGCCAUGUUGGGCUAUGUGUACCUGCCCUUCAUUGUUAUCCUGAUAGGAGCCAUAGUCUUCAUAUUCUUCAAAGUUCCCGAGACAAAGAACAGAACUUUUGACGAGAUAGCUGCCACCAUCACCCGCGGCCGCAAAGCCAAGGCGCCAUUCGAUGAUUUAGGAGAGGAAAUGCAAAAGAUGAAUUCUUAAUGAUCAAGUUAUUUAGGAAUUUUUUUUUAUUUAUAUAGUAAGGGAGACUUCCUAGGGCAUUAAGUGUUCAACUUGUAUGUAUUUCUAAGUACAUGUAUUUAUUUAUACAAUAUAUUCUACAUAAAUAGUACAUGUCUGCAGUUGAAUACGUAUAAACAAUAUAAGUUAUCAGACAUUUUUUAAAGAAUUUGACAUUUGCCCUAAAUUUGUUAUGGUGCUUGCACUUACUGGUACAUUGUAUUGAUUUGAAGUGUGAUAGAUAUUACACAAAAUGACUUAAAUAUUGACAGACUGUGGAAUGAUCUGGAUUUAGUGUUUGUUACAUAUAUUUUAGUUUGUUUCUAAAAAAGUUUUGUGUACUAGAUUCAACAAGAGAUCAUGGGAAAAAUCUGAUUUACUAAAUGUAAACAUGGGUUAGGUAACGAAGUUCUUAGGGAAUGCUUGUGCUAUUACUGGUAGUCAAAAUCAGAAUAAACAAAUUGAGAUGCAAAGACGUAUUUAGAUGAUAACACUUGAUUUUUUUUUGUAUGUGAAGAAUAAAGGUACAGCUAUUCAAAAAGUGAAAUCCCUAACCUUUCGGAGGGGGUUUACAGUCGCAAGGUGGUACCUCCCCAAACAUAUCCUUUUGGUCAGGAAUCGCUGUUCACUGCACACAUCCUUAUAUUCUUUGAGAAAGUCGUACUAGUAUUUAGAGAUAUCAAAGUACUUCGUGCAACAAAUAGUGGGAAGUUUCCUCAAUGCUUUUGUAAGAACACUAGUCAGAAUGAGCAAACAAACCUCAAAGCAACAUACUGGUAAAGGGUUGCUAACCCAGUUUGUUAUUGGGUCGCAGCUUAAGUUUGACACAGUCUGAGUAUUCCAUGUAUUCAUAGCAUUCAAAGAUGUAACUACGUUUUCACAAGAAAUUUUUUCUUCUGUAUUUUUGUGGGAUAGGGAGUGCUUCUGCCUGUCUGUAGCUUUGCUAGAUGUAGGAAUUCUCCGUUGUUAAUCAGAUCAGCUGUGCGUCUAUCGUGUGAUAUUGCUUAAGUGUUAAGCUUGCCUUACUCUAUAAAGGGAAAUCAAAAUUAGUUCCAUAUAUCACUCCAUAAAUUGUAGUUGGUUGUGAAAAGCAUAAUACAUUCUGAAUACAUCCUGGAUUCAUUUCUGUAGUUUUCUUCUUUUAUAAAGAAAGUGAAUGAGAUUUCUGUUUUAAUAAUGUGGUUUUUCACGAUGGUUUUAAUUUCACUAUGUCGGCGAUUUAUUGUGGUUUACGGUAGGGUAUUUGAGGAGGGUUCUGUGUUGAGAGUUGAUUGGUGGAGACAGUGGAACUGUCUUAUCACUGCGUCUCAGGCUCAAUGCGAGGACUGACUCAACAGUAGGUAGGAGAACCAAGCUUUAGUUGGAUCGGGUAAAAAUCAAAUUUAUGCAGAAGGAAUGAGUUCAGCUCAAUGAUUUUGUUUUAUUUUGGGGUAUAAGCUUGAUGAUUUAGUUUUGAAUUUUUAGCUGGAUUUAUUUGUUUGAGAAGGUUUAGAUUCAUGUUGCUAUGCAAUGUUGCAAGCUUGUACAGUAAAAUACAUGUAUAAAAUUGCUACAACUUUUUGUUAGAAUCUGCAUGGAAAUAGUUACUCCUUAACAGUUGGAGCAUAAUGUUCUAGUCUGUCAAAGGGUUCGCUCUGUUUUGUAUCAACAUAAAAACUCUUGUCCUGUAUCAUUUGUGCAGCUAGUACAUGUGUAUUUUCAAUUUUGUUAAAUAAGUGUUGAUGGAUGUGGCCGUAACAUUCAUUAGAUCUCAUGUUAGUUUGUUUUCUAUUCUGUUUGCUCUUGUUAAGAACAAUAGAACUGUAAACAAAAGUAAUUAAGGCCAUAGGCAUAUGCUCAGAAAAUGAUAAGGUGUAGUUUAGUUACAUAAUUAAACCUUGUAUCAGUAAGUUUUGAUUAACCAAUGUCUGAAAUUCUCAGGUAAAUUAUUGACUAAUGUGAUGUCAUACCGGUACUUAUUAAAAUGAAAUAAUUAUUUAAUAGUAGAUGAUCUGAAUCUAUAAGAGCAUAUCUAUGGUGUAACAGUGCUAUACAACGUGUUGUCCGACUCAUGACAAGUUAUUUUUGAGGGAGAUUGUUCUUGGUAUGCGUGCGUUUUUCAUCGUAGUGCUUCUGUUAUCAUUGUUAUUUGUUAAAUCUAUCUUUUUAGUGCUGGUCCUAAAAAUAGUGCUUAAUUUCUACCCUUUUAUCUUGUGUUUGUUUAGUUUUAUGUUUUAGGAGCAAAAUUUUAAUUUUUAUUCAUAUUGAAUGUAUUAACUUUAUUUUAUGCAUAUACAUUUAUAAUCAUUAACUAUUGGGCAAUAGUUAUUUUUGUUAAUAUUAUUUAUAUAUCAUUUAGUGCAUGUACAUUUUAUUUUUUGAAAGUCAAGUGCUUUGAUCACAAUAGUGCUGUGAAGCAAGAUUAAAAUUUUUAAUUGAAAAAAGGAAGAAGACAAUUAUGAAUCAAUCAAUGUGUUCUGAUUCUACAAACUUCAGAAGUUUACUAUAUUUUGACUGGGAGGGUCAUUAUUUUUGCCAUUCACUUGUAUCUCAGCCAGCCAGUAAUUUUUACCUGAGUUUUAAUGUAAAAAUCAUAUAUUUUUAAUAUCUGUGUACAUUGUUCUAUUUAAUAUAAAUGGUCAGUGUAAUUUAUGUACAUAUCCUGUUUAUGAAGAUGUUGUAUCAAUAGCAGCUUAAGAAAAAUGAAUGCUUUUUAAUACAAUCAUAAGCAAGUUUUCACUUUAUUUUCAAUAUUUUUGUGUAAUGAGUUGUUUUAAAGUUCUUUAAUGUUGGGUUAAUAAUCAUCUGUAAUGAUUUGACUUGCAAUGAUACAUAACCUAACAUUUACACAUUUCAAAAUAUAUCCCUGGCCUUCUCCUGGAUUUUCAAUAAUUUUUUUAAGGGUGUGGGCUGGGGGUUAUAGUUGAAUACAGGAUAGAAGAAUGUCCUCUCUUGAGAGAUAGCUUCAACAAGGGGAUCUUGUCCAGGAGUUGGCCAAUUCUGGGUUUUCCAUCAAAACAUGCUCUUCCAUUAAACACUGGUACUACAUAGAACAUGAAGGCAUGUUUGUCACCAGUGUAUCAGUUUGUGUAAAUAUCUCAACUUUAUUUCCUUUGCUCUUUUAUUGUUUGAUAAGUUUGCUUUCUUCCUGAACCACCACUAGUUGUAGGAUCAAAACCACUGCUAUUCUGUAGUGUGGGUGUGUGUCUGGUAUUAUAUGUAGUGUGAAAAUAAACUAUAUAAAGU